CGACCUAAAUUCCAAGCAUUGCACUACCCAGAUCAAAAUUUCACGUGUGGACAAAAACAAAAAUAUUUAGCCAGUUAAUUAACAAAAAAUGCUCACGAAUAAAGUGUUUCUGAAGAAGACAAAGAAGGGAAGCAUUUUGAAGAUUGUUAGGGAACAUUAUUUACGAGAUGACAUUGCCUGUGGGUCAGCAUGUUGUGACAUUUGUGUACAUGACGAAAAGGGUCCAGUUUUGGAAGAUAACCCAGGGAACCCAAGUCAGCAGUUUAGUGAAGAACACUACAUUAUUCCUGACACGAAUGUCGUCCUCCAUCAGAUUGAUGUGCUUGAGGAUACAGCAUUACAGAAUGUCAUCAUUCUUCAGACAGUUGUUGAAGAGGUGAGACAUCGUAGUGCACCAGCAUAUAAAAGAUUGAAAGAAGUCUUGGCCAACCCAGGCAAACAUUUUUAUUCAUUUGCGAAUGAAUUCAACAAAGAAACCUACAUAGAGAGGGAACCCGGUGAGAAGUCAAAUGAUCGAAAUGAUCGUGCAAUACGUGAGGCAGCAAUAUGGUAUAGAGAUCAUCUCAGUAAACAGAACUGUAGUGUAAAAAUAGUUCUUAUAACUAACGAUGCUGACAAUCGAGCUAAAGCAAAACAGAGUGGUCUGGUAGCUUUCACAGAUUUUGACAUAUCUUAA